CCCCCUCUCUCUCCCCCUCUUUCUCUCUUCUCUUUCUCCCCCGUCCCCCGCCCCCUCCCCCCAGGCCUGAUGAGCAGGUCUCGCGCCUCCAUCCAUCGGGGGAGCAUCCCCGCGAUGUCCUAUGCCCCCUUCAGAGAUGUACGGGGACCCCCUAUGCACCGAACCCAAUACGUUCAUUCCCCGUAUGAUCGUCCUGGUUGGAACCCUCGGUUCUGCAUCAUCUCGGGGAACCAGCUGCUCAUGCUGGAUGAGGACGAGAUACACCCCCUCCUGAUCCGGGACCGGAGGAGCGAGUCCAGCCGCAACAAACUGCUGAGACGCACAGUCUCCGUGCCGGUGGAGGGGCGGCCCCACGGCGAGCAUGAAUACCACUUGGGUCGCUCGAGGAGGAAGAGUGUCCCAGGGGGGAAGCAGUACAGCAUGGAGGCCGCCCCCGCUGCGCCCUUCCGGCCCUCGCAAGGCUUCCUGAGCCGGAGGCUUAAAAGCUCCAUCAAGCGUACGAAGUCACAGCCCAAACUUGACCGGACCAGCAGCUUUCGCCAGAUCCUGCCUCGCUUCCGAAGUGCUGACCAUGACCGGGCCCGGCUGAUGCAAAGCUUUAAGGAGUCUCACUCCCAUGAGUCCUUGCUGAGUCCUAGCAGUGCAGCUGAGGCCUUGGAGCUCAACUUGGAUGAAGAUUCCAUUAUCAAGCCAGUGCACAGCUCCAUCCUGGGCCAGGAGUUCUGUUUUGAGGUAACAACGUCAUCAGGAACAAAAUGUUUUGCCUGUCGGUCUGCAGCUGAACGGGACAAAUGGAUCGAGAAUCUCCAGCGGGCAGUAAAACCCAACAAGGACAACAGCCGCCGGGUGGAUAAUGUGCUGAAGCUGUGGAUCAUAGAGGCACGGGAACUGCCCCCUAAGAAGCGGUACUACUGCGAGCUCUGCCUAGAUGACAUGCUGUAUGCACGCACCACGUCCAAGCCCCGCUCAGCCUCUGGGGACACCGUCUUCUGGGGCGAGCACUUCGAGUUUAAUAACCUGCCGGCUGUCCGCGCCCUGCGGCUGCAUCUGUACCGUGACUCAGACAAAAAGCGCAAGAAGGACAAGGCAGGCUAUGUAGGCCUGGUGACUGUGCCCGUGGCCACCCUGGCUGGGCGCCACUUCACAGAGCAGUGGUACCCUGUGACCCUGCCAACAGGCAGUGGAGGGUCUGGGGGCAUGGGUUCGGGAGGGGGAGGAGGCUCGGGGGGUGGCUCAGGGGGCAAGGGCAAAGGAGGUUGCCCGGCUGUGCGGCUGAAGGCACGUUAUCAGACAAUGAGUAUCUUGCCCAUGGAGCUGUACAAAGAGUUUGCAGAAUAUGUCACCAACCAUUAUCGGAUGCUGUGUGCAGUAUUGGAACCUGCCUUGAAUGUCAAGGGCAAGGAAGAGGUUGCCAGCGCACUGGUUCACAUCUUGCAGAGUACAGGAAAGGCCAAGGACUUCCUUUCAGACAUGGCCAUGUCAGAGGUAGACCGGUUCAUGGAACGGGAGCACCUCAUAUUCCGCGAGAACACGCUCGCCACUAAAGCCAUAGAAGAGUAUAUGAGAUUGAUUGGUCAGAAAUACCUCAAGGAUGCCAUUGGGGAGUUCAUUCGUGCUCUGUAUGAAUCUGAGGAGAACUGUGAGGUAGACCCCAUCAAGUGCACGGCAUCCAGUCUGGCAGAGCACCAGGCCAACCUGCGGAUGUGCUGUGAGUUGGCCCUGUGCAAGGUGGUCAACUCCCAUUGCGUGUUCCCGAGGGAGCUGAAGGAGGUGUUUGCAUCUUGGCGGCUGCGCUGCGCAGAGCGGGGCAGGGAGGACAUCGCCGACAGGCUGAUCAGCGCCUCGCUCUUCCUGCGCUUCCUCUGCCCAGCCAUUAUGUCGCCCAGUCUUUUUGGGCUCAUGCAGGAGUACCCAGAUGAGCAGACCUCACGAACCCUCACCCUCAUUGCCAAGGUCAUCCAGAACCUGGCCAACUUUUCCAAGUUUACCUCAAAGGAGGACUUUCUGGGUUUCAUGAAUGAGUUUUUGGAGCUGGAGUGGGGUUCCAUGCAGCAGUUCCUGUACGAGAUCUCCAACCUGGACACGCUGACCAACAGCAGUAGCUUUGAGGGCUACAUCGACUUGGGCCGAGAGCUCUCCACAUUGCAUGCCCUACUCUGGGAGGUGCUGCCCCAGCUCAGCAAGGAAGCCCUUCUGAAGCUGGGCCCACUACCCCGGCUCCUCAACGACAUCAGCACAGCCCUAAGAAACCCCAACAUCCAAAGGCAGCCAAGCCGCCAGAGUGAGCGGCCCCGGCCGCAGCCCAUGGUGCUGCGGGGGCCGUCAGCUGAGAUGCAGGGCUACAUGAUGCGGGACCUCAACAGCUCCAUCGACCUUCAGUCCUUCAUGGCUCGAGGCCUCAACAGCUCUAUGGACAUGGCUCGUCUCCCCUCCCCAACCAAGGAAAAGCCACCCCCACCACCCCCUGGUGGGGGUAAAGAUCUGUUCUACGUGAGCCGACCACCACUGGCCCGGUCCUCCCCAGCAUACUGCACAAGCAGCUCGGACAUCACAGAGCCAGAGCAGAAGAUGCUGAGUGUCAACAAGAGUGUGUCCAUGCUGGACCUGCAGGGCGAUGGGCCCGGUGGUCGCCUCAACAGCAGUAGUGUUUCCAACCUGGCAGCUGUCGGGGACCUGCUGCAUUCAAGCCAGGCCUCACUCACAGCGGCCUUAGGGCUGCGGCCUGCUCCUGCUGGACGCCUCUCCCAGGGGAGUGGGUCGUCCAUCACAGCGGCGGGCAUGCGCCUCAGCCAGAUGGGUGUCACCACGGACGGUGUCCCUGCCCAGCAACUGCGCAUCCCCCUCUCCUUCCAGAACCCUCUCUUCCACAUGGCUGCUGAUGGGCCAGGGCCCCCAGCGGGCCAUGGAGGGAGUGGUGGCCAUGGCCCACCCUCUUCCCAUCACCACCACCACCACCAUCACCACCACCGAGGUGGAGAGCCCCCAGGGGACACCUUUGCCCCAUUCCAUGGCUAUAGCAAGAGCGAGGACCUCUCCUCAGGGGUCCCGAAGCCCCCUGCAGCCUCCAUCCUUCAUAGCCACAGCUACAGUGAUGAGUUUGGACCCUCUGGCACUGACUUCACCCGACGGCAGCUCUCACUCCAGGACAACCUUCAGCACAUGCUGUCCCCUCCCCAGAUCACCAUUGGUCCCCAGAGGCCAGCCCCCUCAGGGCCCGGAGGUGGGAGUGGUGGGGGCAGUGGUGGGGGUGGUGGGGGGCAGCCACCUCCGUUGCAGAGGGGAAAGUCUCAGCAGUUGACAGUCAGUGCUGCCCAGAAACCCCGGCCAUCCAGCGGGAACCUUUUACAGUCUCCAGAGCCGAGUUAUGGCCCUGCCCGUCCACGACAACAGAGCCUCAGCAAGGAGGGCAGCAUUGGGGGCAGCGGUGGCAGUGGUGGCGGAGGGGGUGGGGGGCUGAAGCCCUCCAUCACCAAGCAGCAUUCUCAAACACCAUCCACGCUGAACCCCACAAUGCCAGCCUCUGAGCGGACUGUGGCCUGGGUCUCCAAUAUGCCUCACCUGUCGGCUGACAUCGAGAGUGCCCACAUUGAGCGGGAAGAGUACAAGCUCAAGGAGUACUCAAAAUCGAUGGAUGAGAGCCGGCUAGAUAGGGUAAAGGAGUACGAGGAAGAGAUCCAUUCACUGAAGGAGCGGCUGCACAUGUCCAACCGGAAGCUGGAAGAGUAUGAGCGGAGGCUGCUGUCCCAGGAAGAACAGACCAGCAAAAUCUUGAUGCAGUAUCAGGCCCGACUAGAACAGAGUGAGAAGAGGCUGAGGCAGCAGCAGGUGGAGAAGGAUUCUCAGAUCAAGAGCAUCAUUGGCAGGCUGAUGCUGGUGGAGGAGGAGCUGCGCCGGGACCACCCCGCCAUGGCUGAGCCGCUGCCUGAACCCAAGAAGAGGCUGCUCGACGCUCAGCUCCUCAUCAGGUAAUUCUCCUGGUUCCGCUUUGACCACUGGCGGAGGACACAGGGGGAGGUGACUCCGGACCACUACAGGUUGGUCGUGAAGCCUACCCCCUCCACUCUCCAGUGCCUCUCCCCCAUCACUGCUGCCCUCUGCCCCCAGAGAACCUCCACAGUCUCCACCUCCUGACACCUCCAGCACAGACCCAUCUCCCAAGGUAUACUACUCAGAGACCACAUGCUGAUCCCUCCCUGCAACUGCCCCUGGAGGCCUUAGCAAUAAUUUGACCCUAAAUAGACCCAGCACAUUCACAAGUCACACCCCUUCCCUCCAGGCACACCUCUCCCAUCCUCCUCCUAACUCUGCACCCUCCUCUUCCUCUACCUCUCCAGUGUAUGUCUGUCACCCCCCAUUUCACCAGAGCGUCCUUGGGGGUUGGGCUUUAUUAAUGGGGUGGAGGUGAUGCUGGGUUGGGGGACCUUGGCUAUAGGGGCUGUGCCGAUUGCAGCAGGUAGGUUGGGGUUUCCUCCUCCUUCCCUAAUCCUGGUUCUCUACCCUCUCCUUCUUCCCAUUCCUCUUCUCUCACUCUUUCUCCCUUAUACCUGUGAGAUAGAAGGCAUUUGGGGUUCAUGUUAGUCCCCAACUGGGUGGGAAUUGGGAGUGGGCAGUUAAUUCAAGGGGACUUUGAGGGGCCCUGGAAAAGUCUGUUGAGGUAUCCUGAUAGUAGGCAGGGUGGGUGGAACAAGAAGGAGCAAGGAACCUUGGACAGUGUUAGGACAUGAACUGCCCUUGUGGCCUGGGAGUUACAUCAUGGGCUCAGUGGCCAUGUUCUUUCCCAGGCAGAACUGAUAGGAAAAGCAUAUCAAAUAACCUCUAUUCCUGUAAGAGCUCACAUCUUGGGUUGCUAAUGCCACUCAUUACCCCCACCCCUCCUGCCACCCAGUGGUCUUACUGGACACAAUCCUACCUAAAAAGCCAGUAAAUGGGAACCUGUCAGCCACAGACAUCAUUUCUGAGAUGCUUUAUUUAUGUGGGAUUGAUCUGCAGUGUGCAGUGGCUCCUCACACUGUAAUUUUAACUCUCUGCCUGCCCAGCCUCUCUGUCAAAGUAGUUAGUGAUCUGUAAACAGAUGCUAAAAGGCACCAGGGGACCUUGCCAUUUAAAAGACUCCUGCAGUGAAUUCUUUUGUAAAAUGAAUAAUGGCACCCUAAUUUAUCUUCUUUCUAAAUUUGGGUCCAUGGGGGUGUAGGGGGCUUGCCCGUGUGCUGUCACCAGCAGACAAGUGGAGGGAAGGAAAUUUGAGGAUUCCUUUCCCUGCUCUCCCGCCACACUCAGGCUACCCUACCACAUGCAUUUUCCUCCCCCUCUGACUGGCAAUGUGAGAUACCAGUGAACUAAGAGGGAAGCUUUGCCUAAGAUUGGGGUUUGGGUGACCUGAGAGGUGAGUCCUGGAUCCUGGGAUGGAAAGGAAAGCUGAUCUGGAACUGUACUUGUAUCCUUUGGAGAUUUGGUCAGACAUAGCUAUGUUGCCAGGCCUAAAUGCCCUAUGGCCCAGAAAGUAAUAUGGAUAAUUUUUCUAAACCAUUUUAGGUAUUGGUCCCUUUGCAAAUCAGCCAUUAAUUUAAAAGCCAGUUUUGAGCACAGAUUUUUAAAAGCCAAGUGAAUGACCCAGAGGUAUGGGGGAAUUCAGGUGGCUUUUCUCUUCUCUCCCAGCAGAGGAACAGAAGGUCGGGCUGAGGGCAGGAACCAGGAGUUGGUCCAGGAGCAAUAGGAGGUGAUGAGAACAGGUCCUGGGUGGGAGUAGGGUCAGGCACCCCUCACCCUCUAACUGGGAUCCCAGGGAGAAGAACUGUAAGGAAAGUGGGGGUGGAAAGGAAUGGAGCCAGUUACUGCUUCCUGGGGAUGCAGAGAUUGGGGCACACUGUGUCUCAGCAGAAGCUCCUAGUCAUUUCCACCAAGUGUGUGAGAGAGGCAGCCCUCCCACAAGAUUUUCCCUUCCCACAUCACUUCCCUGAAUCCCCUUCCUUUCCCCCCAGUACAGUUAAACCUCUCUAAUUUGGGAUGUUAUAUUUGAGAAGAUGGCCACUCUGAAUAAAUGACAAAUCUGAAUGACAGUGUCUAUUUAAUGAAAUGCAUGUCUUCAAAAUAUAUACAGUAAGUAGAACUCGGUGAAUAAGGCCCUCAGGGAGCAUGCCUUAAUGAAUAGAUAGGAAUGAAAAGUCUGUUUGCUGGUAUAGGUUAAAUACCCCCUCCCACAGACACUUUCCACCACUAAUUUGCUUAGCCCACCCUUUCUGCACAGAUAAAGGAAAACUCAAGCCCAGUUUUUGUUCAAAUUAUGAAAAAAAUUCCAAAUCCACAGGGGUUUGGAGUAAUGAGGUUUUGCUGUACUGCCUCCCUUGGUUCCUCAAUACAAAGUUCCUACCUGAG